GGGCGAAGGGCAAAGCAAAGCUUCAAGAGGACAGGACUCGAUUAGGAAAUUCUGGGAUAAACAGAACCGGUAAUCAUGGGCCAGUACUACGGCACGAUGACCACUGUCAACGGUAAUCCUUUGGUGCAAGUAUUGGAACCGCAGAAGAAGGUCUUCCGGCCCAGGCACGAUCCGAUGCUUGGGUUUCCGAAUGGUCGAAAGCCCCGGGAGAUGGUGGCCACCGACGUGGAAAUGGAAUCGGCAAAACUGCCGCCGGAAAAUCGAGACUUUUGUGCACACAAGUUAAUAGAGCUUCGCGCAUGCAUGAAUCACAGGUUUCCCUUUGUGACUACCUGUGGCCACGAAAAACAUGAGUAUGCCAGCUGCAUGUAUGACGACUACAUGAUACGCUACAAAGAGUAUGAACGAGAACGGAGACUCAGGGCGAGAGAGGAGCGCCUCUCCAAGAAAAAGACCGAACUGUUGCGUGAGUGAGUUGGAACACAUGUUGGCUCAUGUAUGGGAUGCGCCCCAAUGCUUGAGAAUCUGUACAACGCAUAGUGUUUUGUUACAUAAUAAAAGGAGAAGAUAAGCCAAAGUUA